GUUUUGAACUGGGAGUUUGAAUUUGUUAUAAAGUUAACUUGAACAGUUUACUUCAUGUUGCCAUCACGUUGAAUUAUUGUAAUUCGAAGUAUAUAAUGUUUGUCACUUCAUUAUCAUGCAUUGAUUUGACAGUAUCAAGUGCUGUACACAGAGUUGCAAAAAUGUAUGGCGAAUACGAUGUCGUAAGCGCUCAUUACAUUACUUUCCAUGUCAGAAAUUGAAUGGUCUUAGCUUAAGUAAUUUCUAAAAUGAUGAUUAUAACAAAUUGAUUUUUGAAUGUCCUUACAUUUUGUAUUUGAAGUGGGAAUUGAUAUUGUUGUCAGGAAUUAUCAUGGAACUAAGCGAACUGGAGGGUUAUCGGUUGCAGCUUAAAGAAAUUGAUGCAGAGCUUGAAACAUGUACGGAUCUUCAGAAGAGAAAUACUCUGAUGGAUUCACAUUCUGACUUAGUAGAGCUUAUUACGCUUUUAACUGAAAAUGAAACAACUUUGGUAACCAAACAAGAUUUCAAUGGAACUUUCAGUAGCGCUAACGUACAAGAUUCCAGUCAAUUAAUUGGAAUGCAUUGUCUUGCACCAUACUAUCGAACUGUUGAUCGAGCAGUGCAUUUCCACGACGCUGUCAUCUUGGAUUUUGUUGAAAAUCCGAAUAAGGAAGAGAGCGACCUUAAGGUCAAAGUAUUAUAUGGUCAUCCUCUUGAAGCAGCAAUGAAACCGUGCGAAUAUUUCCUUAAUGAUCGUUGUAGUUAUGGGGAUGAGUGUCGUUUUUCACAUGGUGAAGAAGUUUGGUUUUCAGCCCUUCAAGAAUAUCAACAGCCAGAUAUUUCAAUGGUAAGAGAAGGUUCUGUUUUACUCGUAUUGGGUGAAAAUAAGUUGUGGAGCAGUGCUCGGGUUACUGCUAUGGAUGGUGAGAAACUGGCUGUUCGGUUACUCCUUACUGGAAAAGAAAUUGCUGUAGAUCAAAAUAAGAUUUAUCCAAUCCCUCAACUAGCUGAUGACCAUGAAGAUGAAGUUGCUACUGAAGAUUUAGCAACAACUUCAUGGGAAGAAUAUAAGUUGGAAAGGCGUGGAAAUGUUAAUGUUGGCGAUAUCGGUGACUGGGAAAAGCAUACACGUGGUAUCGGAAUGAAGCUAUUGUUGAAAAUGGGAUAUCGGACUGGCGAAGGGCUUGGUAGAAGAUCUGAUGGCAUUGUGCAUGCUAUACAGCCAGUAAUCUUUCCAAAGAAUAAAUCAUUGGAUAUGUGUAUGGAAGCGAAGAAUAGAAGAGUAGUGGACGGAAUGAAAUCUCAACAAGUGAGAAAGAUAAUCGCGAAACAGCUGAAAGCCGUUGAACGGCCAGUCGAUGUUUUCGAAUUGUUGAAUGAUAAAUUAAAUAAAACUUCGGCUGAAGAGGAACGAAGAGAUGAAGUGAAGGAGAUAGAAAGGUUGCAGAAUUGUUCCUCGACAAGUCUUGGUAUUCAAGCGUUAAAUUUGGAUAAGAAAUUGAAAGAGCUGAAAAAUAGGGAGCGUAAACUACGUGAAGGUGUUACACGUAACCAACGUGAUGCUGCUACAGCCGACAGGUUGAAGAAAAAUUUGCUAAAAUGUCGUGACGAAAUACAACAGCUAAUGAGUCGACAACAGCGACUCAAUGACUUGAUGGAUAGUGGAAGAAAGAAAAAAGAUAUAUUUUGA